GACAGCGGACGUUGCAGUCAUGGAGGAAGUGAGAGUGUUUCCUCUGACCUGUGCUGUACAAAACUAUGCAUGGGGGAAGAAUGGGCUGGACAGCGAAGUGGCCAAACUGGUAAUUGGUGGAGACCCACUAGCUGUCAUAGAGGAUGGCAAGCCCUAUGCAGAGUUGUGGAUGGGAGCCCACUCAAAAGGCGAUGCCCAGAUCAAAGACAACAGGAUCGCACAGACCACGCUGGGCCAGUGGAUCACCCACUUCCCUGCCUGCCUGGGCUCCAAGGUUAAAGAUACCUUCCAGGGUCAGCUGCCCUUCCUCUUCAAAGUCCUCUCUGUCAAUACAGCUUUGUCCAUACAGGCCCACCCCAACAGGGAGUUAGCCGCUCGUCUCCAUGCUCAGUUUCCGGAGCACUACCCAGACAACAACCACAAGCCGGAGAUGGCCAUUGCUCUCACCCGCUUCCAGGGUCUCUGUGGCUUCAGACCAGUGGAGGAGAUCCUGGAAUUCCUCAAAUGUGUCCCAGAGUUCCACGCUCUAGUGGGCAACGAGGCGGCGGAGGAGUUGCGAUGCAGUGUGGGAGAUGCAGUCCGUACGAGCCAGGCGCUGAAGAAGUGCUUCACCAGGAUGAUGAACUGUGAGAAGAAGGUGUUCGUAGACCAGCUCAACAUGCUGGUGAAGAGAGUCACUGAAGAGGGUGCAGCAGGAAAGGACACAUCAACCAGCAACGGUGAUCUGUUGCUCCGUCUCCACUCCCAGUAUCCUGGAGACAUCGGCUGCUUCUCCAUCUACUUCCUCAACCAUGUGGUCCUGGAUCCAGGCCAGGCCAUGUUCCUGGGAGCCAGUGAGCCUCACGCUUACCUUUACGGAGACUGUAUCGAGUGUAUGGCCUGCUCAGACAACACGGUGAGGGCCGGUCUCACGCCAAAGUACAUCGACGUUAACACACUGUGUGAAAUGCUGAACUACAGCCCUGCCCCUGCCAGCUCCAAAAUCUUCCCAUGUGUCCAGGAUGCUUCGGACCGCUGUGUGUCCCUGUACGACCCCCCAGUGCCAGACUUCACUGUCAUGAGGAUACAAGUCCCAGCCUCAGUGAAGCAGUACACUGUGGCUCCAGUCGACAGCGCCAGCAUCCUCCUGGUCAUCGAAGGGGACGCCACGGCAACCUCCGCCGCCGCUCUCUCUGAUGUCGCUCUGAGGCGGGGCACCGUGCUGUUCGUCUCGGCCAAUGAGAGCGUUUCCCUGCACAUCACCUCCCCGUCAGGGAUGAACAUGUUUCGAGCCUGCUGCCUCCUGUAGUUGUGAGUCUGUGUGUAAAACCUCAUACUACCUGUUUUUUUCCUUCUCUGGUUUGAGUCAGCAAGGUUUAAACUGUGUUACGGAUUGAGCCCGAUGACCGACGUGCACUUUUUAGUAGGUAGUAUGUUAAAGGAGCUUUCAGACACAGAGUGUCAAUGCCUGUCUGCGCCCGCAGCUCCACCCCUUACCCAAACUCAGCGUGCGGACUACUGUGUCCCCCCCUUUAUACCAGCGGCAGUGUUCUUUAGCUUUAAAAUCCAGCAGUAAACCAUUGCUGUUGGAUUUUAACUGAUUUUAAACAUCUUUUUUUACCUGUUGUGGUGCAAGUACAACUUUACAUCCUCCGCAGGACGUACACAUCCCAAAUUCUUGUUAGGUGCUGGACAAAGGACACAUACUAAAAAUAACAGUAAAAUAUACUCAGUUGCCAGUUUAUUAGGUACACUAAAACUAAUGCUGUCCAAUACAGCCCUGCAAUACAUCCUCCCUUCAUGAAGGUUAUAUUGCUCAGUCUUUGUUGAACCUGUUUUAGAAAAGUACUGAUUCAACUUAAUGGUCAUUCUGGAGGAUGUAGUUUGUGGUGCUGUUAAACAGUAUUGCAUUGAACAGAGAGGUGUUUCAGUGAUUCAGCCUGCCCUCAGUGAUAAAUGGGCUGGACAAAAUAAUAGAAACAUCUGUCAGUAUAACACAAUACAACUCAGCAGCACCACAAACUGCAGCCUCCAAAAUGAUCGCACAGUUUCAAAGCUUGAACUGAACAUUAUAACCAGAGUUUAUUGCAGGACUGUUGUAUUACACUGCACAAGUGACAGACAGGUAUACCUCUGAGCCAGGCAUUUUUACCUUUUAUUCAAAGUACUCUUACAGCUGUAUUUUCUUAAAUUUUCAGUCUGGGAUAAAGAUAACACUCACUUACAAAUAACUUAUUCAAACAGCAGGGUGGGGGAGGUUUUUACACUGGUGCAGUACACCACCGCUCACUGGUUUGUACAACUAUGGUACCACCUUGUUGAUGACUGAGCAUGUCUGUUGUGGGCCAGAAGUUGUCUUCCCCCAGGAUCACUGGUGCAACAACUUUUAUCAUUUUAACUUUAGCUUGAACAAUAUCCACGUUUGGGGGGAAAAAAAAACUUUGUUAGUAUAUCAACAUUUGAGAGCAUAUAGUAUAAUACUGAGAUGCCUGUGCAUGCUUUAUUUAGAGCAGUAAUACUGGAGAACCACACUAGUCACAGCGAAGUUGACGCUGCUGCUCAGUAUUAUUGCUUUUAAGUGUUACCAGCGCAUGUUUAUGGUCUGGAAACUUCUCAUCAAAGUAGUGAACAAUCAUAAAGAUUAAAAAACAAAACAGGAGCAACCAAGAAGGGCGGCUAGCUAGAUCCGUCUCACGAAGCACGGCUACAUGGGAAUCAGGAAUGCGUAUUGAUUAAAACUUCUCGUUCUACUGUAUAUGACUAAAAAUGCACUAAUGCUGCUUGUUGCAAACAUACACAAUUUGACCAAGAGCCCGUUAACACAUCCGCGUCUCGUACAUCUGUAUGACAAAAUGCUGCAUACAAUUUUUUAGAAUUAUAGGAACAAACAUGUCUGUAUUUCUGAGUAUCUGAAGCCAAAAUUUUCAGACUUUGUAUGUUUUGUUGUUUGUACUGAUCCAUCAAUAUGAAACAUUACAUACAAAGAGAAAAUAUCCCUGAACUACCUGUAUUCUAAGGUUUUACCUGUGCACUAUGAAAUCAUGGAGUGAGUGGUUUAUCUUCACAGUAUAAUCUUUUGUGGUGACCACUUUCCAACAUGUUGGUACAAUGUUGUAACUAGAUUAUUUCAGUAUGGUGCAAACUUCUGCAUAUUCAAUAUUCCGGUUCAUUCCAGGGUCGAUCUGGAUUCAGCGAGUCAUGAAGUCAUGGAUUUUCUUGUUGUAAUAGUUUUUAUAGACGUAUCUUGAAUUGAAUAUUUGAGAAUGAAUGCUCUAUCAGCCUGCCAACCUACAAGUGACUAAAUAUUUCUCUUUCUAGUUUGACCUGAAUGAAUGACCACAGUGUAUUGAGCCAACCCUGCUAAAGCUUUUACCUACUUUCCCACCCACAGGACCACGUUAGUGACGUGGAUCGAUCUCUGUGCUUGUCCCUAAUGUAGAUGCACUAAACCUUUCAUUAUUUGCUGUUCCUAAAACUGUUGAAAGAUAAAAGAAUAUUAAGAGAUUUGAAGGGUGUUAAUAGUUUUUUCUUAAAAAUCACUAUCUUUUUGAUUAAAGAGCCAUUACCUCAAAUUCAUCCUUCCAUAUCUCUAAAAAUGUAAAGCCUCCAGUUAUUUUUGUCAACAAACGACCUAUUUGCCAUCUUUUCACAAUGUUUUAAUUUAGUCUUGUAGAGGUCACUGUAUCAAAAAGUACUGAUUUUGAAUUUUAACUUUUAGUUUAACACACAGCUUUGUUACUGAUUUUAUUUUAAGUCACCUUUUAGUUUUAAUACUGUAGGUUCAAUUGCACAGAGGUUAUUUUUGAUUUUUAGAGGUUUUCACUUUUCUCUCAUGUCCUUCAAAUGCACACAAAUCUGAAGGCCACAAUGUCUUAGUUUAGUAAUUUUAUUUAACUAUUGUGUGAAGAUUUCUUGAAAUAUUCUCUAAUGAGGGCAUGGUUUAGCAUUUUUGAAUGUGGUGAUGCUGUAGCAUGGGACUGCAGAGAACGUGUCUGUAAAAGUGGUUUAAUAAAGCCUUGUUCUGUUACUAAACUGAA